GACACUGGCCCCGUUUUCAUCCUUGCAUGUUUAGGCAGCUAUAGUCCUGAGAACAAAUCACACUACGUUCCCAUACAGCUGAAGGUCAUACACAGUAAUCCUGCCAAAGAAAUCUGAACUCUCCUGGAAUACUAGUCUCAAUCUUUGAAUACCGUCUUUGACGCGUUCCUCAUUGGAAAACUCGAAUGUCUGCAUUCGGUUUACAUCCUCCGGGUAUAUACUUGUCCAUGGCUCCCACUCUACCUUGCCACCAUCCGCGCUCUUGCUGGGCACCUCUACCGAACACCGGGUGCCAACAAAUCCACCUUGAAAAGUGAUCGAGAUGCGUUUCGGGACAACUGGCUUGUCAAACGAGAUCUGGAUAUACUGCGGUGUUCCCUAGCGUCUUUCGUCAGGUACAAUUCACCUGCAUCAUACUGCGGGUCUUCGUACCUGUUGGGAUGUCCAGCAUGUCUCGGGACUUCCAUCUGUGAGGAAUUUCUUGCCCACACUCUUAUCGAGCGUGGAGCUGACUCUGGUGAAUACUGAGCAAGGACUGUAACUCGGUUGACAUUGCUUAUUGAAGUGCAAUAUCUGGAGUCGAUUCUUGUAGUGGUUACAGUCGAGGUCACUGGCGGGCGCUUGACCAAACGUCAUCGAUCAGUUAAAGCUAGUUGUCGCUCUCUUAGACCUUUCUCCCCAACCAUCACCAAGUUGUGCAUUCUGGAAUGCUAAAAGCACCCGGAAAGCGGGCCCCUCAUAUAUCACGCUUUAUUCGACUCAUAUCUCUCGUUGCUACCCGUUCCUCCACAAUGUCGGCAAGUUCAGAGGAAAGAAAAAUACCACUGUGGCUGGAGCAUUGCCAGAGUUCGCCUACGCACCUCUCCACUGUUUUUGAGACUCUUGCUUCUCGAGAGCAUGUUCGAGAAAAUGCACGAGCAGCCUCACGACACCAAUCUCAUCCUUCGCGCACCCAUCGCCUGGUGCAUUUGCCCUCCACGCUUACAAAAGAUCCCGAGAACGUGAACCACUAUUCUGUGUCGAUCGCUUGGCAUCCAAAGUACAAGGACUAUAAUCGGUACUCAGAUGUGGAACCAUACGAUCGUACUCGCGUCGUUGUUGGACAUGGAGGGGCUGAACCAUCCGGCAGGUAUCUGAACGCUAGCUGGGUGCGGGAGUUAUCAGGCGGCAAGUGGUGGAUCGCGACCCAAGCACCAUUGCCACAUACAACACACGCCUAUCUCAGCGUUCUCCUUCAACCGAUAUCGCGACCGCCGCCUGAACUGCACCCUACGUUGUCUGAUCACGCGGGUACCAAAACGUGUCGCAUUCGUACUGUCGUGCAGCUUACACAGAACUUCGAAAAGGGGAUGCGAAAGGCGCAUGUCUACUUCCCACCUAUUGUCGGAGAGUCGUGGAUAAUCGAAGCAGAGAAGGGAUGCACUGCCCCGAGUGUGAAGGUCGCCCUUCUUAAAGUCAGGAAUAUUGACGAAGCUCACUGCGUAGAGAGCUUUGUUUCUAUUCAACCAGUGUCAGCUACACAUCAGGACGAAGGGGAGCUCGUCGUAUUCAGGCAUUUGCUUUAUGGCUCGUGGCCGGACCAUGGCGUACCCAAGCAUGAAGAUCGAGACGCACUGCUCAACUUUGUGUAUCUCGUCGAUUCUGUCAACCGUGACCUAUCCGAUCAACCUACAGAGAUACCAGAGCAUCUCGACCCAGACCCACCAAUCAUGGUGAACUGUUCUGCUGGGAUUGGUCGAACGGGUUCGUUCAUCGCCAUCUCUUCCCUUCUUCGCACGUACGGAUUUCUUCCGCCACCCGCUUCACUACUACAUGACUCAUCAACUGGACUGCCAUCUCUACUUCCUUCACCCUUAGGGCCGCUCUCUGAUGAGAUCGCGGAUGACCUAGUCGCGCAAGAGAUUGAUGCCUUACGAGAGCAAAGACCUGGUAUGGUCCAAAGGCCUGACCAAGUCACACUUAUAUACGACUUACUUAUCACGGCGUUCAUUGAUGCUAUUGCUGGAGAGAAAGCUCAACGACAGUCUUCAAAAGGCACACAUUGAUGUAUUGCUUAUCUGCGAUGUUGAGCGAGUCCUUUGAAUACUAUUGGCUUGUGGUUGUGGGCUGGUGCAAUAUUUAGUUGAGGUUUUUGCUCAUUAAGCACGCCAUGUCCGAAUUUGAAGAAUAUGUACAGUACAUACGCUCGGCUAGCAUCGGCUACGCUGAACGACCUCUUCUCUGGCUUUGCGCACAUGCCCCACCAUCGCCC